AUGACCUCUUUUAUUUUUGAAAGUUAUUUGAGAAAAUGGGAUUCAACACUUGAUCACAAAAUCGCUCUAAUUUUAGACAAUUGUACAGCGCAUCCCAACUUUUCUUUAAAGAACAUUGAACUGGUAUUUCUUCCUCCCAAUACAACAUCUUUAAUUCAGCCCCUUGAUCAGGGUAUCAUCAAAGCUUUUAAGACUUUUUACAGGUCCGAUAUGAGAAGGCAAAUUAUUGACGCAAUCGAUGAUGGACAAGGGAAUGGUAACGACAUAGCUAAGAACAUGACAGUGCUACAGGCAAUUCACAUGUCACACAAUGCUUGGAUGAAAGUUGCAACUUCAUGUAUAGUGAAUUGCUUUAAAAAGUCUGGUAUGGUUCCCAUAACCACGAAUGAAGCCCUUGAACUCGAUUUACUCGAUGUACCAGUAGAUAUUUCAGGACUCCAGAUAGACAAAGAAACCUUCAAUGAGUGGCUGGAUGUAGAUAAGGACUUACCAGUUUUUCAAGUGAUGAAUGAUGACGAAAUAGUCGCUGAAAUAGUUUCACAUAAGGAACAGGGAAAUGAUGUUGAAGUGCAUGAUGAAGACGAAGUUGAAUAUGCAGAGGACCGAGUACCAGUAACCAGGAGUGAAGUAUUCAAUGCAAUUAAUACACUGAGAAGAGCUAUUGAAGAGCAUGACAUAGGUACAAAUUACUUUGACACGUUGAACAACUUAGAGCACAUUAUGAUGGUUUCCAUACCAAAAAAACAGGGGCAAAUUACCGACUUUUUUAAAAGAACCUAA